AUGAAAAGUGCACAAAUUUCUUACGCUACAAUCAUUGAAAUUGAGAGGGAAACAAAUGAAAAUAACACAAAUAUAGUUAACCGAAUGGUACGAAUCGGAUGGUUCGAUGCCUUUCGUGAAAACGGUGAUCCAACGUGGUUUGGCGAGAAUCGAACACCUGUGGUAUUUGACUUGCAAAUAUUUGCAUUACUGUCAGUCUUCGUUACACCUUUGCUAGCAUUUUUUAUUAUUUUGCCCGGCGUAAGGCAUUACCGAAUCGCUUCCACAAUUACUAUUGUAUUAACUAUUACUGUUGGAGCCAUUAUUUUAAGUAAGCUUUUUUACUUUGUAUUUUCAAUUUAUAUUUUAAUAAUUUUUAAAUUUCUUAGCAGUAAAUUCAACGAUUACACUGUAAAAAGGUGA